CUGCUUGUACUUUUUACCGAGCCUGUACACGAAACGGCUUGAGGUGCUGCUCGUUUGGUUUGGCUGUAGAACAAAGCUUAAUACAGUUUUCUUUUUUUGUGUAAUUUGCAGUAAAACUCAGGAGCACGCGUGUGUUAGAUGGGUAAAUGGCUGCAGGAUUGAAAACGCGCGCCAGAGCUCGUUUACUGGCCACAGAUGAGGCAGAGGAAAGGCGUCAGGAGAGCACGGUGGUUCAGGGUGCCUCCUGUUAUGCACCACAGCCUUUUAAACAAGAUGUUCUGAAAUGGCAAAGUAAGGUUGAACAUUUAGAAAACCAAAUUAAAGACUUAAAGGAGGAUAAUGCAUUUCUGCGUAAACAAUUGGAGGACCAACAAAAGAAAGCUGAUGAAGCCAGCAGAGAGACAGGACCCUCUGGUGAGGAUUCCAUGACAGAGUCAGACUCCGGCUCAGAAUCUACCUCUGAUUCUCUGACUACUUCAGACUUUGAAUCAAGCCUGGAAUCUGACUCUAGCUCAGAUGAAAAAAAGCAUAGGAAGUGGAAGCAUAUGAAAAGGGACAGGGAUAAGAAGAAGAAGAAAAAAGAAAAGGCAAAGAGGAAGAAAAAAGACAAGAAGAAGACAAAGGAGAAAAAAAAAACCUUCUCAAAAGAAAAGGUGAGCAGCAUAAAAGAAGUUGUCCGGAGAUACAGAAAGGUUCUUCGCUGCAUCCAGAAGGGAAUGAAAAUGGCUCAUGCAUUCAAAAAGGUUGCAGUAUCGAGGAAUGCUGUGAAGGGGAUGGCAGCCAUUGCAGAGUUGUAUCUUACUGAAAGACCACUUCUCAGUGGUUUUAAAGGACAAUACAAGACUCUCAGAGGCCUGGCCCACCUUUGUGCCACCAAAAUUCAAGGAGAUGAUGCUCUUGCUGCAAAGGUGGUCACAAUGAAAAGAGAGAAAAAACUGAUCCCUUUCAAUGUUGAUAAAGAAUACUGAAGAAGUGGUGUAAGGUAUGGUCUGCAUGUAAGGCCACAUGGUAUAAAAAUGACUAGUAAUGUAAUUAUAGUAAUAUAUAUAUAUAUAUAUAUAAAAAUUUGAAUAUCUUUGAAAAGUUACUUUAUUUCAGUAAUUCAGUUAAAAAUGUGAAACUCAUCUAUUAUAUAUAUGUAUUACACACAGAAUGAUCUAUUUUUAAGUGUUUAUUUAUUUUAUUGUUGAUGAUUAUGGCGUACAGCCAAUGAAAACCCAAAAAACAGUGUCUCCGAAAAUUUUAAUA